GGUGCAAUGUGUCUGUCUGUUUCUUCAUUUGCAGGAAAAGCAUAUUGGAGUAAGCUGUGAAAUUGGGAUUUUAAGUAUUCUGCAGUACAGGAACAACUAAACUACAAUAUAGUUUCUACAUUCUUCAAUCAACUUCACCACAAAGAAGAAGAAGAAGGGUAUUUCUGGGAUUGACGACAUUGUUACUUUGUUCUUGUGUUCAUCCUUUCUUUGCAGCUAAAGAAAGUAGCUAGAUUACCUAUCCAGAUAAGGGGGUAGAGGAGAAUACAUCAUCAAUUCUUCAUCUGUAUUCUGUGAAAAGAAAGCAAAGCAAAUAUGAAUGAGUUGAGCUCAGAAAGAAACAGUGGGGCUUGGAAUAUAUAUACAGCAAGUGCAGCAGAACCUCCUAGUCCAUCUCAAAUGGUUAGCCAGGUGGAAGGCGACAGUCCAUGGAAAAGCUUUGGAACCUCAGCAAAUGCCAUUUCCUUCGGGCUAUUAGCAACAGCCAUCUUGAUCUCCAUGUUUCUCAUCAUGGCUAUUUUUGAGCAUCUCUUCAAGCCAGUCCCUGAGGAUCAUAUACAAAACUUGGAAUCAGGAACAACAAUGCACAAGCAUGGAAGCUCAUCACAAACUAUACCAGCAUAUUCUUCAUCAGAUUUCACGGUCUUGAUGCCGGGACAGCAAUAUCCAACUUUCAUUGCCCAGUAUGCUCCCCACCCUUGUCAAAGGGAAGGAGUUUUUUGGCCAUCCCAUGAACAUACAUAGUUUUUCAUAAUCAUAAUAAUGCUAGUAAAAGGACAAGUGAUGGCACAUGUGCACCCGAGAAGUGAAAUAUUUCCCCAAUUUGCAACAACAUUUGUAUCUCAAUCCCCCGUGUCUUCUAUAUGGACACAAACAAGCUGGGAAAGAGUAGAAGAAAAGCGGCACCUUGUAUCAGAAAAAGGCAACGAUAUUCAACUAUGGUUGUUAAGAUGAUUUUUUAUGCAGUCACAUGCAUAGAUUUUUUUUUUGUAUUGGGGAAAUUGAGGAAGAUCAAAAUAGAUUACACGUACUUUU